AUGCAAUUUCAGCUGACCUUUUUUAUGCAUCUUGUGCUGCUUAGCCUCUCCGAAGUUCAAGAUGGCUGUCACAAUGGCUCCUGUCAUCCGACUGUUGGUGAUCUCCUUGUGGGUCGCAGUGCCCAACUCACAGCCUCCUCUACAUGUGGCCUGGAUGGACCACAGAAAUAUUGUGUCUUAGGCUAUUUGGAGGAACAACAAAAAUGUUUCAUUUGUGAUUCCAGAUUUCCAUAUAAUCCAUACACACAAGCAAAUAGCCAUACGAUUGAGAAUGUCAUUACAACAUUUGAACCUGAUAGAAAAAAGAAAUGGUGGCAAUCUGAAAAUGGUCUUGAUAAUGUCAGCAUCAGACUGGACCUAGAGACACUAUUUCAGUUCAGCCAUCUUAUAUUGACUUUUAAGACUUUCCGACCUGCAGCCAUGUUAGUUGAGCGUUCUAUGGACUAUGGCCAAACAUGGAAAGUCUUCAGGUAUUUUGCUAAAGACUGUGCUGCAUCUUUUCCCAACAUCCCAUCUGGCCAGGCGCAAGGAGUGGAUGACCUUAUUUGUGAUUCCAAGUAUUCCGAUUUUGAGCCCUCUACUGAAGGGGAGCCAGUGAACUCAGUUAUAAAACCCUUUGGGCUAAGGAAGAUGUUUUGCAUGGAUGUAGAGUAAAUGUCCUUUUGGCUUAUUUUCCCGUUUCUAGAUUUAGUGACAUUAACAAACCUGAGGAUAAACUUUACCAAACUCCACACUCUGGGAGAUACAUUGCUUGGAAGAAGGCCAAGUGACCCCCUUGAUAAGUAUUACUAUGCUCUCUAUGAUAUGGUUGUUCGAGGAAGAUGCUUUUGCAAUGGUCAUGCUAAUGAAUGUGGUCCCAUACAGGAUGUCCGGGGAGAUGUUUUCAGCCCACCAGGAAUGGUUCAUGGUCAAUGUAUCUGUCAGCACAAUACAGUUGGUCCAAACUGUGAGAGAUGCAAGGAAUUCUUCCAUGAUGUUCCCUGGAGGCCAGCCGAAGGUCUCCAGGAUAAUGCUUGCAGAUCAUGUAAUUGUAAUGACCACUCUGAACACUGUCACUUUGAUAUGUCUCUGUACCUCUCAAGUAAUGGUAUCAGUGGUGGAAUGUGUGAAGACUGUCAGCACAAUACUAUGGGACAACACUGUGAUCAGUGCAAACCCCUGUUUUACAGGGACCCCCUCAAGGCAAUUUCAGAUCCUCAUGCUUGCAUUCCUUGUGAGUGUGAUCCCGAAGGUUCCUUGUCCGGUGGCAUGUGUGAAAGUUAUCCAGAUCCAGCCCUGGGAAUCGAAGCUGGUCAAUGCCUUUGUAAAGACAAUGUUGGAGGAGCCCAAUGUGAUCGGUGCAAGCCUGGCUAUUAUGGGCUGAAUGCCAAUGACCCCCUGGGUUGUCAACCCUGCAACUGUAACCCCUUGGGGAGUAUACCAUUCUCCAUCUGUGAUGUAGUUACUGGCCGAUGCCUGUGCCAACAGUUUGCUACUGGACCCCACUGUGAAAAAUGCCUCGAUGGAUACUGGGGGCUUGAAAGUCACCUACAUGGUUGUUCUCCUUGUGACUGUGAUGUUGGAGGUGCUUAUAAUAACCUGUGCUCCCCGCAUGAUGGGCAAUGUGAAUGCCGCCCUCAUGUUAUUGGUCUUCAGUGCACAGAACCAGAGCCUGGCUAUUUCUUUGUGCCUUUGGAUUUCUAUAUAUACGAAGCUGAGGAUGCCAUGCCCAUCCCUGGAUCUGCACCUCUGGUCCCUGUGACUCCUAGCUCUAAGUCUUUGGGUCAGACUGUCAUCAGAGAGCCUGUUCCUGGGAAACCUGUUACAUGGACAGGGCAUGGAUUCGCCCAAGUUCUCAGUGGGACCAGCUUGAGAUUCACCAUCAACAACAUUCCUUUUGCUAUGGACUAUGCAAUUGUAAUUCGUUAUGAGCCUCAGUCUCCAGCUGACUGGGCAGCUCGUGUAGUGAUUAACCCUUCUGGAACUUCAAGAAGUGAACAUUGCAGAUACAAAGCACUCCCACAAGAGGCUCAGGCUCUGGGUUUACCAGCUUCUGAAAGAAUUGCACUGCUUGCCACACCAGUCUGCCUACAACCAGAAAUGCAGUAUUCUAUAGAUGUUCAUUUUUCUCAAUCAUUUACUAUGGAUUCACUGGCUCAUGGGCAUAUUUUGAUUGAUUCGCUUGGCCUUAUUCCCCAAAUGGAUUCAGUAGAGAAUUUCUGUGAUAAACAUUUAGAUGAAUACCAACUAAACAACUGUAUUGAAAUUGCUUCUAAACCGGGACCUCAUAUUUUGUCUGACUGGUGUGAAAGACUUAUAAUUAGUAUAUCAGCGAAGCUACACAAUGGGGCAGUUGCAUGCAAAUGUCACCCUCAGGGUUCCAUAGCAUCGAGCUGCAGCAAACUGGGAGGCCAGUGUCAGUGUAAACCCCAAGUGACUGGGCGCUGCUGUGAUCGGUGCUCUGUGGGAACCUAUGGUUUGGGGCACCAUGGUUGUCACUCAUGUGAAUGCCAUCCUCGAGGCUCCAGGAGCACCAUUUGUGAUCAGGUGACUGGGCAGUGCUCCUGCCUCCAAAACAUUGAAGGUCACCGUUGCGAUCAGUGCUUGGCUGGGUAUUUUGGAUUUCCCAAAUGCCGACCUUGCCCUUGCAAUGGGUUUGCAGAACUUUGUGACCCAGAGACUGGGUCAUGCUUCAACUGCAAAGGAUUUACAGCUGGCCUUAAUUGUGAAAGGUGCAUUGAUGGUUACUACGGAAAUCCUUCCUCUGGACAUCCAUGUCUUCCUUGCCAGUGUCCGGAUGUUCCUUCAAGUAAUCAGUACUUUGCCCAUUCCUGUUACCAGAAUUCUUGGAGUUUAGAAGUAAUUUGCAACUGCCAAGAGGGUUAUACAGGUAUUCACUGUGAUGAAUGCUCAAAUGGGUUUUAUGGAAAUCCGAGAAUAUCAGGAGACCCUUGCCUGCCAUGUGCCUGCAAUAACAAUAUAGAUAGAACAGACCCAGAAUCAUGCAGCAGCAUCACAGGAGAAUGCCUCAAAUGUUUAUAUAACACUCAUGGGCCCAACUGCCAGUUCUGUAAACCAGGGUACUUUGGAUCAGCUCCCACACAAAGCUGCAAAAGAUGCACUUGUAAUCCUUCUGGAGUAAAUCGUACUACCUGUCCAAUGGGUGAUGGAGCAUGCCUAUGUGACCCAACAACAGGAUCAUGUCCUUGCUUGCCAAAUGUUGUAGGUUUGGCCUGUGACCAGUGUGCUGAAGGAUACUGGAAUCUGGUCCCUGGAAAAGGAUGUCAGUUCUGUGAAUGUGACCCUGAAAAUUCCAACAGCACCCAUUGUAACCAGUUUACAGGCCAGUGCCCGUGUAAAUUGGGCUAUGGUGGAAAACACUGCAACAAAUGUGAGGAGAAUUACUAUGCAGAUUCCCAAGUGCAAUGUAUUGCAUGUAAGUGCAAUAAGGAAGGAACACAGACACCCAUCUGUGACCAGGAAACUGGUUCCUGCCUGUGCCGAGCAGGUGUCAUAGGCCAGUUCUGUGAUCGUUGUGCCCGGGGUCAUUCCCAGGAAUUUCCCACCUGUCUUCGAUGUCACUCGUGCUUUGAUCAAUGGGACAAUAAGAUUUCUUCCCUCUCUGAGGCUGUACAAGGGUUAAUUAGGUUGGCUGCAGACUUGGAAGAUAAAAGAAAGACCCUGCCUGGCUGCAAUGCAGACUUCAAACGCCUAGAAGAUAGCAUGUCUGAAAUAGAAAGGAUUUUGAAACAUCCCGUUUUCUCAUCUGGGGAAUUCUUAAACGUCAAGGAUUAUCAUGACUCUGUUAGGACACAGGUUGCGCUGAUAGCCCAACAACUGAAUAGAGAGUAUGACUUCCAAGACCUGAAUGGAACCGUGUUGGGCAUUGGGAAAGAGGUGGACGAGCUCCUUGAAGAUCUGCAGAAAAAGGUGCAGCUGGCCUCCCAUGUCAGCAAUUCCAGCAUCAGGGAUGCUUCAGAAAUCCAAAAAUACUAUCAAAUGUCAUUAUCUGCGGAACGAAAAAUUAAUAAGACGAUGAUUAUCAUAAAACAUUCUGAAAAUACCAGGAAGGAUUUACUUACCAUGAUAGAUGGACUAACCUCAAGAAGAGACUUCUCACUGGAAAAAUUAAAACAGAUUCAGGCUCCAGAUGUCCAAAAAUUGAAUGAAAAGGUAUGUGGAAUACCAAAUAACUUGACAUGUGCCCUUGCACCCUGUGGUGGAGCUCUGUGUAAGGAUGCUGGCGGGCAGAGGAUUUGUGGAGGUCCAAGCUGUAAUGGUUCUUUAGACCUUUCAGGGGACGCUCUCAGGAGAGCUAAGGAAACUGAGUCUACAAUUAAUAAUCUGACCAACCAGCUACAAGAAUCAGAGAAUUGGAUAAGAAACAUAACAAAACUGACUCGACUUACUAAGACCAAAGCCUUGCAGCUGACCAAGAAGUUAGAGACUAUGAAAGGCCAAAUGGAAGUAGAAGAACAGAGGACAAAAGCCCUCAUCCUCAAAGUGAAGGACUUUUUGCUGGAUGAGAAUGUCCCACCAGAAGACAUAGAGAAGGUUGCAAAUCACGUACUGGAUCUCCACCUACCAAUAACGUCACAAAAUCUAACUAAUGAGCUUGAAAAAAUAGAGCUGCUUAUGAAACUCUGUGAGGAAGACCAAGCAGCAGGGAACCAGCUAAAACUAAAAGCCACAGAAGUCCAGACACUUUUAGUGAUGUCUAAAGAAGCCGAGGAAGCAGUAAGCACCCUGCUGAACCUGGAAGAAAUGCUGAAAGGCCUGCAAAGUGCCAAAAACAUCCAAGGACAAGCAAACUCUACUGUGAAACAGCUGGCGGAUGAGCUACAAAAAAUUGAAAUGACAAUACUGAAGGUUGAAAAUUUUACCAAUAAGACUGAUGAUGAGUUGGAACACAUAUCAAGCCAACAGUCCACACUAGAAGAUGAAAUCUCUACCCUGAAAAUCAAGAUAUUAAGGACUCGAGACCAAACUAUCAGUGCAAAAGCCAAGGCUGAAUCAGCCCAGGAUCAAGCUAACAUCACUGAGAAGGAUUUUAUUGAUCUAAAAAAACAAUUCACAGUUCUCCAAGAUAAGACAAACUCUAAAGGAUCCAUGAAGGGAGCAUUCAGAAAAGUAAAACAGCUAAAAGAAGAAGCAGAAAAAUUGGCUGGAGAGACAGAGGAAAAAAUGCAACGAAUUAAAGCUUUAGAAAAGAAGAUCCAGGUCUUGAAUCAAACUAAGCAAGAGAAAGUCAACCAGUUAAAGCAACUAGAAGAUCACGUCAUAGCUAUUAAAAAUGAAAUUGCUGAGCAAGAAAAUAAAUAUGCUACCUGCCAUACCUAG